AUGGAAAAGUUGCCCAAGCUCUCCAAAGUCCCUAAAGCGAAGACUGGAAAUCGGAAAGUAAAGACCGGAUGUCAGACCUGCAAAAAGCGUCGUGUGAAAUGCGACGAGGAGAAGCCAGCAUGUCAGAGGUGUAUCUCUACUGGCCGUGUAUGUGAUGGGUAUGGGAUAUGGGGAGGAGGAAAUGCUUAUGGAAGCUCCAAUAAGGCUCCAUCAUUAUCUAAAUUGUCUCUAACCCAUUACAAGAAGAUGCCGGUCCCACUGAACAUUGUAUCCAUGUCACAGAUGCAUAGAAUCGCGGGCCGACCCGCGAGCAUCGGCUUUGAGUACUUCCGCAGAUAUACAUCUACUAAACUCCCCGGUCUGUUCGAAUCUGGAUUUUGGGAUUCUCUGGUGCUUCAAGCAAGUGACCAGGAACCAGCUGUUCUGCAUGCCGUGACGGCACUGGGAGCAGCGCACAAGAACGACGAACACAUCUCGCUGAUUGAGUAUAACAAGGCAAUCCAGCAUCUGCGACAGAGCCUAAACAGCUCCGACAGGGAUGCCCUCCGAGUGUCCCUCAUCACUUGUUUACUAUUUGUGUGUAUUGAGUUGUUGAGGGGAGGCUUCAAGGCCGGGUAUGCGCAUCUCAGCAAUGGUCUGCGCAUUCUUCAUGAGAUUCAGAGGCGCGACGGAAUCACAACCAAUAAUGAGAUUAUCCUACGAUCGCGCGCACAAUCUGUGGAAGAUACGCUUGUUGAGGUUUUCUCGCGGCUUAAUUUACAAACUGCGCUAUUUGGUCACGUUUCUGCAUAUCUUCUAUUUGUAGGGGACACUGGUCAGGCACCGCGAACAUACGACAUACCGCCAGCAUUCUCAUCCAUUAGAGAAGCAAAGAAACAUAUAGAUUCUCUCAUCAAUGGAUCGCAUUCGCUAGCACAACAGGCUACGCAGCUGCUUCUUGAGCGGCAGCCCUUCCCGGAGACACUGUACCAGAACCAAAAUAAGCUGGAGACGGCAUUGACGAAGUUCCUUAUCACUUUGAAGUCAAGCCGCGAAGAGCUAAGUAGAAGUCCAAUUGGCGCAACUUGGCGCAAUAUAAUCGGCGUACCAAUGUUAUUCCUACAUCACACGAUGGCAAAAAUCAUGGCGGCUACUGCUUUACGCGGGGUCGACGAAAUGAUAUUCGACAGUCAUCUACAGGAUUUUGAACUACUAGUCAAACAGUCGUCUACUCUGUGCGAUAGGAUGCUCCACGAAGUAGCAGAAUAUAUUCGCAAAAAAGCUGUUAUGAUGCCAGGCAACAACACAUUUACCAUUGAUAUGGGCUUCAUACCUCCUCUCUACUAUACACUUGCCAAGUGCCGUCAGCCAAGUCUUCGGAGAAUGGUUCUCGAGCUCCUCAAACGAGUUCCACAUCGUGAAGGCGCUUGGGAUGGACCCACGGUGAUUCGUAUGGGCAAGGCUCUCAUCAGACUCGAGGAAGGCAGAAUCUACGACGGAAUUGAAAUCAUACCGAGCUGCAGCAUACCAGAUCCAUCAAUAGCGGAUGAUUUGCCUGUUAUACCAAUAUCUCAACGAUUCACCAGCGUCAAUGUAGCGCUACCUGACUAUGCGAAUGGCAAGGCCACGUUGUUUUGCAGGCGGUACAAGGGAUGUGGUCUCUGGGAGAGCAAAGUUGCGCAAUUUGACGUGACCAUUUAG